CCGUCUCGUUUAAAUGGGACUUGUUUAAAGGAGGACACUCGGUGUACUGCAGCCUUCAAAUGAUGCAUUCUACCUAGCACACAGCCUUCCAAACGAGACACAGCCACUGUUAAGCAAUGACUUUGUCAGCUUUAGCAGUGAACUUUGAACAUUGAACAUUGCGGUCUCAGUCACGAAAACGAAACCUCGGCGUUUACAACAAGCCUAGAUUAAUCACCUUAUUGUCGUAUACUAGAUAUCGUUCAAUGGCGGAGGACGAAAGUAUCUUUCUGAGAGCAAAGGAUCGGAGUUUUAAGGGGCUGACAGAAGAUGAACAGAAGGAAUGGAACGGGCCCUUUUAUUUCAUCCAGGCUGCGGACCCCCAGCUUGGCCUGAUGAAAGCAUGGAGGGUAGGUGAAUGUGAUUCAGGAGGGGAUGAGUGGGGUGAGGAGGUCCAACUUACAAAGCAGGCAAUCCAGGCCAUUAACAAACUACAGCCCAGACCUCGCUUCAUCGUGCUAUGUGGAGACCUGGUUCAUGCUAUGCCUGGCAGUUCGUUCAGAACAGACCAGGUGAAGGAUCUCAAAGAAGCACUGAGAGGCACUGAUCCUGACAUUCCCCUUGUGUUUGUCAGUGGCAAUCACGACCUUGGCAACACACCCACUCCGGACACCGUGGAGCAGUUUUGCCGUGACUGGGGCGAUGAUUACUUCAGUUUUUGGGUGGGUGGCGUGUUGUGUUUUGUGCUGAACUCCCAGUUCUUCUUUGACUCGUCAGGCUGCCCUGAGCUAAUGGAGGCCCAGGAGGUCUGGCUGGAGAGGCAUCUGCAGAGAGCUGCCCAGACCCCCUCACGCCACGUUCUCGUCUUUCAGCACAUUCCACUCUUCAUCCAUACACCCGACGAAGAGGAUGACUACUUCAACCUGCAGAGGGGUAUGCGACAGCGCCUGGUCCAGAGAUUCAAACAUGCAGGAGUUAAAGCCGUGUUCUCCGGUCACUACCACAGAAAUGCAGGGGGGUGCCAUGAUGGGUUGGAUAUGGUGGUGAGCUCGGCGAUUGGUUGUCAGUUGGGGGAUGACACCCAUGGUGUAAGAGUGGUGGUAGUUACUAAAGAUGAGAUCAUCCAUCGCUAUUAUAGUCUGGACCAGUUAACUGAAAGAGGACUGGAUGAAGACCUGAAGAAACUGCUAGCAUGAACGCUCCACCCACAGCCAAUAAUUAUGCAGUUGUGUCAUCAUUUCCAAAAGAAAAGUGACCACACCUCAUCAGUCUUUUUCUGCGUUCCAUUUUAGGAACUGUUAACUGCGCCAAUGUGUGUGUGUAUUUAGAUGUGUUUUUUAAAGAAAUAAAAAGAGCCUUACCAUCCGAAUAUAUUAGCAAGCAUUAGUAAUAUGAACCAGUGGCACCUUUGAUCUUUGGUACUUACAGUAUAUCACCUGUCUCUACACUUAAAUCAUGCAAAUAUGUCUAAGAAAUCCUUAAACACUAAAGUUAAGUCACCUCAUCUUACUAAUGGAGUGAUCCAUUAUACAGUACAAUGGUAGUUUAAUAGCGCUGAACAUUUUGGAUGACAGUUUGAUGAGAUCACUCCUUGCUCCUCUCUGCUUAUUACACUCUUCCAUCUUAGAGAAGAGGAAAGAGGCAAUCUCCAUGGUAACUAUUGAAAGACAUGGCUGCCUUGACCGGGACAGCAAGUCACUUGUUUCGUGGGUGGAUAACCAAAAACAUAAUUGCUGACCUCACCUCUCACAUGUGACUAAGGUCGGGUGUGAUUGAACAACUUUAGAAGUAUGCUGCAUGAAAGAUUUUUAAAAAGACCAAGCUCUUGUCUGAAUUCAACUUUGCACUUCCUCAUCUGUCCUUGCUUUAUGUAAGUCUGACUGAUAUGAAAAAUUUCACAUUCGAUUUCAAAUACUGGAGGGGCUAAACUGUUGCAGCAUCAUACCCUGUUAAAAUGAAACUGGAUGUUUUGUUUUCUCUGGAUCUUCCAAUGUAACUUUUAUUUUUUAUGUUUAUAGAGCAAUAAUAAUUCAGUUUUCAGAUCGUUUUAUAUUUAACCUUUAAAUUUAGAUAGAAUUCAUUAUUAAAGAGAAAUUGUAUGAUUAUUUUUUUUCUAUAUACUCAAAAACAUUUAAUAUAAAGUGUAUCAUUUCUUAAAUAUAAAAAUUAUUUCUCCUAUCCCAUCUUAUUAUGCAGAGACAACAAUAGAAAUAUAAUUUGUAGGAUUAUUCCCCAGUAAACUGUAAACGCUGUGGCUGUGUGGUGCUAUAAAAAAUUACUAUUGAGCAUCACAAGCAGCCUAUCAUAGUAACAUUGACUAAGUUUACAUGGACGCCAGAAAGCAGCUUAUUGUGAGAAAGUAGUGUUCCCAUUUACAUGCACUGUAUAAGCGGCGUACUCUUUACUCCCAUAUACAUGCAGUCAGUAAGCAGCUUUCUCCACAGCAACAUCAUUUCCCCGUAAUACUUUUAAAAAAAACAAACAUGGUUCCUGAGAAAGACUUCACUCUUUUAUUCUCUGUCGUUUUGCUUUAUUUCCAGAUAUUCCAGUGCUGGUGCUGUUUUCAUUUCCUUAACUUACUAUCGCAAUCUGUAGUGGAAUUGUUUUGGAAUAGUGGGGUUUUCCUCUUAUGUAAAACUCCGGGAUUCCCCUAUGGUAUGAGCGCAUAUAAACGAAUGUGAGGAACAGUUGAUAUUUUACAUUGGUGUGCGUGUAAAUGGGUAUAGUUUAUAGUAUAUGUGUUUUUCCCACUGUCCUCCUAAAUAUGUUGAAUUCUUUCCACUGUGUUGACUCCAUCCUAUGAAGUGUUUAGUCUGGUCUGUUCUCCUACAUGUGCACUCUUCAAAAACCUGUAACAAUGCCGUUUAUGCAUUUACAUGGGCACAUAAUGUAAACGUUCUUCAGGAGAAACCUGGGUGUGUUAAACCGCUUUCUCUUAAUCCCUUAAAUGGCUUAAGAAAAUCUGUGUUUUUGUUUACAUUACGUUUCAGAAUGCCUCUCAUGGCCAUUUUCUUAAGUGCAUGGCUCAACCAUUUGAGUUUGGGGCAGGGACAUCUGUUUGUUUGACCAGUGGCGGGGGGAACAAUUAGAUUUUUGAU